CAUGGUCUGUCGCUACUGCUAAAGUCCUUGUUGCCGGCUCAGCAUUCACAUCUUCCAGUCGGACAAGACGCAGCAUGACCGGUUACGCCUCGAUUCGCUCGGCGCACAGCGACGACUCAUCCCGCCCAAACAGUACCGCCAGCAUGUCGCGCCGUCCUCGUCGCAAAGAGACCGGUCUCCACGGCCACGCCAGCUGGCUCAGCAGUGUCAUCAAUCUGGUCAACACAAUUGUCGGUGCCGGCGUGCUGGCCAUGCCCUCUGCUCUGUCCAAUAUGGGCAUCCUGCUCGGUAUCCUUGUCAUCCUCUGGUCUGGCCUUGCCUCGGGCUUCGGUCUCUACCUCCAAACAAGAUGCGCCAGAUAUCUGGAUCGUGGAAACGCCAGUUUCUUUGCUCUGAGUCAGAUCACAUAUCCCAACGCUGCCGUCAUCUUUGAUGCUGCUAUCGCUAUCAAGUGUUUCGGUGUUGGAAUCAGUUAUCUCAUCAUUAUUGGUGAUCUCAUGCCGGGCGUCGUUCGCGGCUUCACAGACACUCCUGCUGCCGACUAUCUGCUGGACAGACAUUUCUGGGUUACUGCUUUUAUGCUUGUUGUUAUUCCUCUCUCCUUCCUCCGAAGACUCGACUCGCUCAAGUACACCAGUAUCGUUGCACUCAUCUCGAUUGGCUACCUCGUUGUUUUGGUCGUUUACCACUUCGCAAAAGGCGAUGACAUGGGCCUCAAGGGCGAAAUCAGCAUUGUGCCAGACAAGGGUAUCGUACCAGUCCUGGCCAGUUUCCCCGUCAUCGUCUUUGCCUAUACUUGUCAUCAAAACAUGUUCUCCAUCCUCAACGAGAUCGAGGACAAUAGCUCCUUCAAGACGACCUCUGUCGUUCUAGCUAGUAUCGGUAGUUCCGGUAGCAUCUACCUGCUAGUUGCUAUCACUGGUUAUCUGACCUUUGGUGACAAUGUCGCUGGCAACAUUGUCGCGCAGUACAUUCCUUCCGUAGCAUCGACCAUCGGCAAAGCAGCCAUCGUUGUGCUUGUCAUGUUCUCUUAUCCUCUGCAAGUGCACCCUUGCCGUGCUUCGGUUGACGCAGUACUCAAAUGGCGUCCGGCCUCGCGCAAGCAGCUGGACUAUGCCUCGGUCAACGGUUCGCCAUCUCGCUCAACCCUUCUCAACUCUGCGAGCAACUCGCAGAAAGGUCGCGGCGAGAUGAGCGACAGACGUUUUGCAGUCAUCACGACAGCGAUCAUUAUUUUGAGCUAUAUUGUGGCCAUGACAGUCUCAUCUCUGUCGGUGGUGCUCGCAUACGUUGGCAGCACGGGAAGCACGUCGAUCAGUUUCAUUCUUCCUGGUCUGUUCUACUACAAGAUUUCGUCACCAGACUCGCCUCACCACCAACGACUGAUGAAGGAGGACGAUGAUGAAGAGACAGACGCGGAUGGUGAAGCAGUGUCGGGUGGAUGGAAUAGUGGAAGCAUCUUGCGUAAAGCCAGUCUUGCGCUGGCCAUCUAUGGUUUGCUGGUGAUGGUGGUUUGCCUCAUCACCAACACAUUCUUUGUCGUUGCCCACUGAUUUAGACGUGGGUAUUGAUCAAAAGUAAUAUUCUUUCUUAAAUUGAACACUGUUUUGGGACUGUCACAUGCCUCGGUUCGUCAAGUUGUAGCGAUGACGACAGAAAAUCCGGGAAAGCAUGUGGGGUGAUGAUAUAGGUAGCGGCCUGCAUGUUAAGACAGGCGACAAAGGUGCUGUCUUUUCUGCACGACUCCGCAGUAUACCAAGUCCAAG